GUUUGCGGCACUCACGCGAUGUAGAUAUAGCGCGGCGGCCGAAACAGGGCUCCGAGAAGCCCCGCCACCCCACUGGUCGGGAAUCUUCUGGGCCUCUCUCCUGAAGCAAUCGUGACCAAGAUGUGGUUUAGCGGGCCUGAAAGCUAUAGCACCUCCUCCUUUGGCACAGUCGGCGGCGGCUACACCCAGUCCCCGGGGGGCUUCGGAUCGCCGACACCUUCACAGGCCGAAAAGAAAUCAAGAGCCCGAGCCCAGCACAUCGUGCCCUGCACCAUAUCCCAGCUGCUCUCUGCCACCUUGGUUGACGAAGUGUUCAGAAUUGGGAAUGUAGAGAUUUCACAGGUCACUAUUGUGGGUGUCAUCCGCCACGCGGAGAAGGCCCCGACCAACAUCGUGUACAAAGUGGAUGACAUGACGGCUGCGCCCAUGGAUGUCCGCCAGUGGGUUGACACAGAUGAUGCCAGCAGUGAAAACACAGUGGUUCCUCCAGAAACGUAUGUGAAAGUGGCUGGCCAUCUGCGAUCUUUUCAGAACAAAAAAAGCCUGGUAGCCUUUAAGAUCAUGCCUCUGGAGGAUAUGAACGAGUUCACCACACAUAUUCUGGAAGUGGUCAAUGCACACAUGAUCCUGAGCAAAGCGAGCAACCAGCCCUUAGCAGGGAGAGCACCAAUCGACCAUCCAGGAAUGAGCGAAGCAGGGAACUUUGGUGGGAAUAGCUUCAUGCCGGCAAAUGGCCUCACUGUGGCUCAAAACCAGGUGCUGAAUUUGAUUAAGGCUUGUCCAAGACCUGAAGGGUUAAACUUUCAGGAUCUCAGGAACCAGCUCCAGCACAUGCCUGUAGCCUCGAUAAAGCAAGCUGUGGAUUUUCUAAGCAACGAGGGACACAUCUAUUCCACUGUGGACGACGACCACUUUAAAUCCACAGAUGCAGAGUAACCGGGUCUGAUUGUGUGCCCGAGGUAUUUCCCAGCUGGACCUGUUUUCCUUAUCUGUUGUCUGCAACUGGGCAUGUUUGGCCUGUUGGCUUCUAGGGAGUAGGUUUCAUCUAGAAAAGGGUCUCAUUUGGAAAGUUACCGCUCUUCUUUUUUGUUUGUUUGUGUUUUUUUGAAGCUCAAUUUGGGGCAGUUGACAAUGUAAACCUGGGUGGACUUUCUUUUCAAAAA